AUGGCUCCCCUCGUCCGCAUCCUCGUCCUCGCCGCCGUUCCGCUCGCGCUCGCCCGCACCGACCUCGCCGGCUGCACCUACACCGACCUCGUCAUCAAGCCGACGCAGCAGGCCGCCUACGCCAGCCGCCUCUACUACGUGCCCGACACGGGCGAGGUCUGCGCGCUGCUCGACUGCGGCGGCGGCCGCGCCCCGCCCAAGUCCACCGUCCCCGGCUGCCCCCUCUACACCGGCACCGAGACGUACCAGCCGUCGUACAUUAACCCGCAGACGCUCGGCAAGGCGGGGAGCAGCGUGGCGAUGGCGACGGCUCCAGUGACGCCGACGGCCGCGGACACCACCACCACCGCGGCCAGCACCACUGCUCCGGCCACCGCCCAGGGGUCCGUCACUAUCCUGACCGGCACCAACACGCCGUCAAGCACCGCCGCGAGCUCCGCUGCUGGCGGCGCGUCGACGAGCAAGACGGCAGCGGCAUCGGCCAGCAGCAGCAGUAGCAGCGCGGCCAAGACGACGAGCACCAGCUCUGCUGCCGGCGCGAUGCAGACUGUGGGCGCUGUUCUGCCCUGCGUGGUGGCCGCCAUUGCCGCCGGUUUGGCCUAA